AUGUUCACUGCCAUAAUUGCUGUCGGAACUCUCGCCACCAUCGCUUUCUCGAAAUCUCAUCAUCAACAUCACCAUCAUCUCGAAGAUUCAACAAAAUUCAAAGAAAUGAUCAACACCAACUACCCUAAUGAGUAAGUUAUUUUGUUAAUUUUAAGAUACUCAUUGAAUAACUAUUUUCAGUCAACCAAACAAAUUGUGUCUCGCUUAUAGCGAGGAUGGAAGAUUAUUUCAUAAUCUACAAAGAAUCUGCAAACAAAACAACCAAGCCAUCAAUUUCGAAAUAUCCGAGGAAAGAUCUGCCAUUCAUGAAAAAAUAUUCAACGAGCUCAAACUCACCCCAGAAGAUAUUGAAAUAGCGUGUUCAAAGAGUGAUUAUAAUAAAAAACUGAGCGCCACCGAAAUAUACGAAUUUAUGAUUGACGAUGUUUUGAAUGAACUAUGCGGAAAUUCGAAGGAGGCGGAUGAGUUGAUUGAUAGAGUAGCCAGUUUUGGAAGUGUUUUUCCAAAAGAAGUCAAAUAUGGUGUUAUGACAGAGUAUGUUUUAAUUAAAAUAAACAAUAAUAAUUAUUACUUUUCAAAUUUUCAGAGAGAAUGCCAGCGGACGAACAAAGGCAGAGCUUCUCAAAACAGUUAUGCUUAAAAACUCGGCCAUCGGCGUGAAGCUACUGAAAAGAUACUUUUCUUCUGUGGACAAAUAUCCAAUAGAAAUUGAUGAGCUUUUCCCGUAUUAA